GCCGUGGCCAUGGCCACCGCUGGUUCUGCGCGCGCGCGCAAGCGCGCCGUGUCCCGUGUCGCUGAGGCUCUCGCUGUCGAUUCCGACGAGGCCGAUGGCUCGGAGCGCUCCAACCCUGAGGAGAACGACGACGAGCUUUUCCAGGAUGUUCGGCAGCGCGGGCGUGCAGCCGUCAAGGUCCUGAAGGUCGAUGCGAAGCCGAAGGCGAAGCCGUCGGGCAAGUUUCGCGUCUGCGGCCGAUCAGGCUGCUCCAAGAAGGAGACGGCCGACAUGCGGUUCCCAGAUGCGUCGAUCGCUGCGUGCGAGAGGUGCUACUACCCGUGGGAGUGGGCCUGGAAGGAGAAGCAUCCCAGCUGGCCGAAGUUCUGCCAGCAGCUCAACCAGGAGAAGACCUUGAACGACCAGUUCGAGGUGUCCGCGGAGUGCGCGGAGGACGCGCGCAACAAGGCUUUCGACGAGGAGAGCGUCGACAUCGUCUCGCGAUGCGGCUUCAGGAUGGCGCACCACUUCAGGGUUUGGAAGGAGCAGCCCUUUCGCGAGGCCACCUCCAUGCCCGCUGACGUCGAGCCCAAAGAUCUGGAUCUCAAAGCUUCAUCGAUCAAGUUCCCUUCGGGCGCUAGCGUGGAUGGAUAUGUGACGGUGAACCCUGACAAGCCCUUCGUCGACGUGGACAGGAUUGAGGAGUACUUCGUCGAGAGGCGUUCCCAGUCGCUCACCGAGGCGCGCCAUGUCCUCAGGGAUCAGGGGAAAAAGAUGUUCAAAGCCGAGAUCUCGACGCUCAAGGCCAAGAUGCCCACCGCCAUUCGCGGCAGGACCACCCCUCCGACGCUGGGGUCCAUCGCGUUUGAGGCCAAGGUGAAGAGCGACGGCAAGGGGGGCAUCCAGCCUCAGCAGCAUCCAGGCGGCGGCCCUUUCGUUAACCAGGGCAGCCGUGGGCAUGCUGCAGACAGUGCAGCGGACAGUCUCCCAGCAUCCGUGCCCGAGGACUCUGGCAGCGGCGUCGCGGCCGCGGGUGGCAAGGCCGCCAGCUCCGCUGGUGGCAUGGAGGCCUUAUCGAAGCCCAGAUCGCCAGCGGCUGCCGACGAGAUGGAGAGGAUCAGGCAGCUCGAGACCGAUUGCGACAUCGCGAAGAUCUUGGAGGGCUACAAGCUCGGCGAUAGGGAGUACGCCGUCACACGCUUCAGCCCGAAGCAACCCAAUGCCAAGGAUAGGAGGGACGCGCUGAUCGAAGUCAUCGAGACGGCGAAGCAGAUUUCCACGCACAACAUGCACAACCUCAGGGGCAAUAACGAUUUGAAGACGAAGUACAUCAACGAGCUGAAGAAAAACAACGUGAAUUUCCAGAGCUGCCCGAAGUGGUGCCGCACUCUGGUUUCAGAGACCCUCCAUGCCAACUUAGACUUGGAUGCAGUGUGGGACAUCAUCAACCCGUUCGCUGAGGCGGAAGAUGGCCCUGUUAAGUUCGACCCUGCUUGCCCGAAGCUCUCGGGAGUUGCCGAUGAACUGGAUGUGACCAUCAAUAUCGCAAGGGACCACGCCUUGAACUACCUGCUCAUCCCGAUCAUCCAGAAUAAGACCGAUCAGCUGGAUACUGCCAAGGGGCUCCGAAGCACCUUGAGGGAGUGUGUUCGUGCUUCACUUGGGCUGCCACAGGAGAUCAAGAAGUUCUACAAGGACAUGCAGGUCUGCGCGGCCAUCCUGGACACGAUCUCCGACCACUCUGCGGAGGCCGUGGCCUCCAUCGAGGUCGACUUGGCUGACUUUCGGAAGAUGCUCCACGGCGACUAUGACAAGGAGUGGUCGUCGUUCGCUCGCGCUUUGGACUCGGACGAUUACUGGAGGCAGGAGAAGAUAGAGUGGCGACGCGCUUCUCAAGGUGACCUGCAGGAGAUGGAGAAUAUAACGAUGACCAGGCAGUCGCUCGAGGGCGAGGUCUCCGACGUCACGGUGUUCACCAAGACCGUAGCGUCCCUGAUGAAGUGGUUCACAAUAUGCAGGUCUUCUACUCCGACCCCCGCCAUGCAUGAUUUUUUCUCUGCGGCCGAGCAGUUCAUGGACCGUCACGCCUUGCUAACGGACGAGGAGAACGCGCCGAAGAUGGACCAGUUCAAUUCCUUGCUCACAGGCCUUCUCGAGCUCGACAACUGCUUCUCGAAGGGCGAGGCCCGUGAAGGGGUCACCAGGACUUUCGGGCCUCGGCUGCACCGCUUAGUGGAGAGGGUUCGGGAGCUGCAGUCUCAGGUGUCCAAGUCUGUCUCGUCGAGCGCGAUUUUGCAGGCCUUGCAGAAAGCGGCGGUUGUCGAGAACAUGAGCGCUCAGGCAAAGAUCGUCAAUACCGAGCUCGGGCAGUUGGGAAGCGUCAGGUUCUCCGACCCACCACACCUGAGCAUCAUAUUCAAUGCUGUGGACGCCAUGGCCGCUACCGCAUGCAAUAACAUCAAGAUGGAUACGGCGACAGAUAUCGACGACUUUCUCGUUGACGAGGUGGCCGACAUGUUGGAGCUAACCACGAAGGUGUGCGACCUAGCGGAGUGCGACGACGAGGAGCAGCGCAUCAACGGCGCUGCUCGCCGCGUGAAGCUCAUGACGAUUGUCUUGAACACGACUCGCGCCCUCAAGGAGCUGGUGCAAUUCGGAAAUGCAGCUGAGCAGGUUUCAAACACGGAGGGCACCAAAGCAUACCAGUGCCUGAAGGGCACCGUCGGGGAGCUCAAAAAGAUGUGCAGCCUGAUGGAUGACCAGCCUGGAGGGACCCACGGCAACUUCAUCAGCAUCGCUCAGAUCAAAAACAAGUUCGAGUACCUCUUGGCCACGGCGGCGGGCACGACACUGUCCUUCGAGAAUGCCGACAUCGACUCUACCCUCGCCGACGCCACCGAGUAUCAGAACAGGUUGAAAUCCAUCGUCAGUUUUGGCAACGUUGAUCGUGGCUGGAGGGCAGGCCUCGACGACAGUGCAGAGUGGACGGCGGUGGUCAAGCAUGCUCGCUCGACGGUCUUCGCAACGAAAGGCUUGGCGGCCAAGGUGGGCUCCGCCAUCGCGGCCCUGGAGAAAGCCAUCACCAACGUCCGCGACACCUGCAAAUCCUACGAGCAGGACGGCAAGUGCGACGAGAUCGUGAGGGCAAUGGAGAAGACGAUCCACCUGGCAAGGCUCACGCAGAUGGAGGCCGCCGCCAUCCAGAAGAUUCGCGAUAACGAGAGCUCCAGUACUGAGGUGAGGGCCACGGCCAUCCAGAACGUGCUGGACGUCCUCCCAGAGAACGGCAUCGCCCAGAACGAGUUCCACCUGGCGGCGCAGAAGAAGCUGAACGAGGCCAUGCGGGCCUGA